GGCCAGUCCCGGCAUGCUCCGCGGCCGACCGCGGUCGAGCGCCGACAAGAGGAAUUUUUCCCGUGAGCGGCCCAGGCUCAAUUCAGCUACUGUCCACCGGAUCGGCUGUAGUGCCGCCUCCAGCCCUUCUCCUAUCGCUCGCCCGCCCGUCCGAGCGCCCCCAGCCCUCCCGCGAGGGCGCCCCGGGACGGAAGGGUCCACCAGCCUGUCGGCGCCCGCCGUUCUCGUGGUCGCCGUCGCCGUCGUCGUUGUGGUAGUCUCUGCCGUUGCCUGGGCCAUGGCCAAUUACAUCCACGUCCCGCCCGGCUCCCCGGAGGUGCCCAAGCUGAAUGUCACGGUUCAGGAUCAGGAGGAACAACGCUGCCGGGAGGGGGCCCUGAGCCUCCUGCAACACCUGCGGCCCCACUGGGACCCCCAGGAGGUGACCCUGCAGCUUUUCACAGAUGGAAUCACAAAUAAACUUAUUGGCUGUUAUGUGGGUAAUACCAUGGAGGAUGUAGUCCUGGUGAGAAUUUAUGGCAAUAAGACUGAGUUGUUAGUCGAUCGAGAUGAGGAAGUAAAGAGUUUUCGAGUGUUGCAGGCUCAUGGCUGUGCACCACAACUCUACUGUACCUUCAAUAACGGACUGUGCUAUGAGUUUAUACAAGGAGAAGCAUUGGAUCCACAGCAUGUCUGCAACCCUGCCAUUUUCAGGCUAAUAGCUCGCCAGCUUGCUAAAAUUCAUGCUAUCCAUGCGCAUAAUGGCUGGAUCCCCAAAUCUAAUCUAUGGCUAAAGAUGGGAAAAUAUUUCUCUCUCAUUCCCACAGGAUUUGCAGAUGAAGACAUUAAUAACAGAAUGAUCAUUGCGUUACGGAAUGCUGAAGAAGCCUUAGCUGUAUACUGCCACAUCUUCACUGUCAGAAGAUCAACAAAGCAUUGUUUCUGUGAUGUACAGUUCAUUGAUUAUGAAUAUUCUGGAUACAACUACCUGGCAUAUGAUAUUGGAAAUCAUUUCAAUGAAUUUGCAGGUGUGAGCGAUGUGGACUAUAGUCUCUAUCCAGAUAGAGAGCUACAAAGUCAGUGGCUGCGUUCUUACCUUGAAGCCUACAAAGAGUAUAAGGGCUUUGGGACUGAAGUUACUGAGAAGGAGGUAGAAAUACUCUUCAUUCAAGUCAAUCAGUUUGCAUUGGCUUCUCAUUUCUUUUGGGGAUUAUGGGCUUUGAUUCAAGCCAAAUACUCCACUAUUGAGUUUGAUUUCCUUGGGUAUGCAAUUGUUCGUUUUAACCAGUACUUUAAAAUGAAGCCUGAGGUUACUGCGUUAAAAGUGCCUGAGUAAAGAAGAGAUUUAAUUAUUCACAAGUACCUGACCAGUGCUUGUGAAUCUUUUCUUAAGAAACUCCAAAAAGCCAAUAUUUGUUAAAA